CUUUCGGAGGGGACCAUUUCACUUUUCAUAGAGUCUCGCAGGUCGAGUACUCGGUGGCAUAGAUUAAAUUUCCCUGUUUCACCGCCGUGCGACGCUCUUCACAAUGGGAGUGUAAUGGUGUAUUCCUUUAACGGGCGGUGAUUUUCUGCCGCGACCUGUUACAACUACCUCACCUUGCCGUCAGUCAUGUCUUCCUUUCCUACUUCUCCUUCGCGGUCCGACGAUGAACUCUUCAACCCUGGCCCUAAGACUGCCCACGAAACGGUCGAGACCCUGCCUUUGCGACGUGUCGAUCCCAUGGAUGACGACAGCGAUAUCAAGACAAUGGCAACCUUGCCACUCCAGCGUCCUACGCAGAAGAUGACACAGCCUACACAAAUUAUUGAUCGUUCACCGGACAUGACAUCGUCCCCAGUAAAGGAAGGGGUGGUUCAAGUGACAGCCUCUUCACCCUUGGCUGCCCAAAGUCGGAAACCAGGUGGUUAUCUUGCCAGCGCCAUGGCACCAGCCGGGACCGCCUUUCGAAGACCUUACGUUGCUUCUCAGCCACGGCCGCCUACCAUCACCAUUGAUAGUGACGAUGAAGGACCAGUGUAUCGUGGAGGCUCAUCAGACAGCGAUGAACCCCGGGCGAACGAUAUCAAGCCGUCGACUUUUGUGCGAAAGACGAACACUUCAACAGACAAAAUCCCGGAGUCACCGCAGGCACAAACCAAUGGUUUGAGUCGGUUCAGGGAAAUAACUGCAAAUGCAAUAUUUCGAGAAUCGCCCAGCUCAAACUCGUCUACGUCCAACGGUAUUAAGCGAUCAGCAGACGUGAUGGCUAAUGCAUAUGGUAACGCCUCCAAACGACCCCGGCAGACGGCCCCCGCUCGUGCAUUGCCUGUUCCAGCUCCUCAGAAGCGACAACCGGAGCUGGAGUUAGACGACAUCAGCGACUACAACACGAGAGCCAAAGUCAGGCGUAUGAUGAACAUGGUCAGCAUGGUCAGUGUUCGAGAAUGCUACGAGGUGUUGGUGUCAAAGAAAGGGCAUUACGAUGAUGCUGUGGAAGAGAUUCUUCUACUUAGUGAAAGAAGACAUGAUCGAGGCAAGAAGAACGCUAUCGAUUUGACUGGCAGUGAGGAUGAACUCAUGCCUACCCCUGCAGGUCGUAAAGCGCCCGCUGCACAAAAAGCCAAAGUUUCUUCAAAAUCGAUCACAGAGAAAUGGAGCUCAACACAGAAUGUUCGGAAGCCUUCCAAAACGAUCGAGGUGUUUGAUACUCCGCCUCCUCAAAAGAAGAGAACCCUUGUUCGAGGCCGAAAACGCACUCCGUCUCCUGUACAAAAUGUAGAAACUGCCAGAGACACAUCCAAGCCCAAAGCCAAACCGAUCACCGUCUUGUCAGAUGAAUCCGACGAAGCUGAUUCGGCCGUGCUAUCUGAUAAAGAAACCGACACCACAUUCAACUCCCGGCUCCUUGACCUCUUCAACAAUUGCACGGCUGCAGAUUUGACCGACACUGCGUCUAUUUCUCGCGAGUUGGCUGAACAUGUUCUUUCGGAAAGGCCUUUCAAGAGUCUCGAUGACAUCCGUAGAAUCCAAGAUCCCAAGCUAAAGCCCAGCAAGGGUCGACGAAAGACGAUCCCUGUUGGAGACAAGAUUGUUGAUAAAGUUGAAACAAUGUUGGAAAGUUAUGAAGCUGUCGACUAUUUGGUCAAGAAGUGUCAGAGCCUAGCCAAACCCUUGGCUGAGGAGAUGAAGAGCUGGGGGGUGAAUCUGUACGGCAACCAAGGCGGAGAAUUGGACAUGGUUUCGUUGCGUGAUACCCAGCGCUCAAGUCAUGACAGUGGUAUUGGCACACCUAUCAGUGAUGAAGAUCGGGACAUUGUCAAGAAGCGAACGCCGAAAAACUUCCUAUCUCAGCCAUCGAUCAUGUCGGACGACAUUCAAAUGAAGGAUUAUCAGGUUGUGGGGAUCAACUGGUUGAAAUUACUUUACCAGAGAGGCCUAAGCUGCAUUCUCGCAGACGAUAUGGGCUUGGGAAAGACGUGUCAGGUCAUUGCUUUUCUAGCACACCUGUAUCAACAAGGACGAAUGGGCCCUCAUCUUGUUGUCGUGCCUGCCGCUACUCUUGAAAAUUGGCUGAAAGAGUUCAGGCGAUUCUGCCCAACUUUGAACGUCGAGCCUUACUACACAACAAACCCAACGGAGCGAGUUGAGCUCAGAGAGAGACUUGAAGACAGUCGGGAUGACGUUAACGUCAUUGUUACGACCUAUACCUUGGCCAAAGGGAAAGAGGACUUCCCAUGGCUCAAGAAUUUCGGGUUUGACUGUACAGUGUAUGACGAAGGUCAUAUGCUCAAAAAUGCCGAAUCCCAAGUCGCCAGCAAGCUGGUUCGGAUACAGUCAAACUUCCGCUUACUACUUACUGGAACGCCACUUCAAAAUAAUCUGAAGGAAUUGAUCAGUCUGCUCGGAUUUCUCAUGCCGUCUUUGUUCAAGGAGAAAGCGCAAGAACUCAGCAGCAUCUUCUCGCAUACCGUCAAGGCCAUGGAACAAAAUCAUGAAGCAUUGCUAUCUGAACAGAGAAUCAAACGUGCAAGGAGCAUGCUGACGCCAUUCAUCCUUCGGCGGAAGAAAUAUCAAGUUCUGAGAGAUCUGCCCAGAAAGGAGCGACGAGUGGAGUUGUGUGAUAUCACUCCUGAACAAUCUGAAAUUUAUCAGUCGUACCUUGACAAGGCUUACAGCAUUCGUGAACGGAAAGAAAGAGGGGAGAAUGUCACCAACGAAUCAUCCAAUAUCUUGAUGAAGCUGAGACAGGCUGCCAUUCACCCGCUCCUAUUUCGUCGACUCUAUCCAGACAAGAUACUGCCAGCGAUUGCGAGACAAUGUUUAAAGGUUGACAUGUUCAGCGAGUCCAACCCCGAUCUUAUCGUGACGGAAUUAGAGGCAUACUCGGACAUGGAGAUACAUACGCUGUGUGACCAGCAUGCACCACUUCGGCGGUUCGCGCUUCAGCACGGAGAAUGGCUCGCGAGCGGAAAGGUGCAGAAGAUGCUCGAGUUGCUUCGCAAAUUCAUGUCGCAAGGCCACAAGACGUUGAUCUUCAGCCAAUUCGUCAUGAUCCUGGAUAUUCUCGAGCUGAUUCUCCAACGGGAAGCUAUCGACUAUUUUAGACUCGAUGGCAACACCAAGGUGUCUGAAAGGCAAGAUUUGAUCGACGAUUUCUCCGCCGACGAUGAUGAAACACCCGUGUUCAUGCUGAGUACCAAGGCCGGUGGAGCUGGUAUCAAUCUCGCCAAAGCCAACAAGGUCAUCGUGUUCGACAGUGGCUUCAAUCCUCAAGAUGAUAUUCAAGCGGAAAAUCGCGCGCAUCGUAUUGGACAGGUCAAGGAGGUCGAGGUUAUCCGGCUGGUUUCGAAAGGCACGGUUGAGGAGCAGAUCCAUAGCAUGGGUCUCACCAAACUCAAACUGGACGAACAGGUCGCGGGAGACGGCGCCGAAGAGCAACCACCGCGGAAAGAGGGCGAAGAAAGCGCAAAGGAGGUGGAAGGUCGCAUGAUGGUUGAAGAGAUGUUCUUCAACAAAUUGGACCAGGAGUCUCUCGAACAGCUCAAGGCCGAUGUCACCAGUCCAGUCAAGAAAAGACAGAUCAAGGAUGUUGGUCCCACGGCGCAAAGCGAUGAAGCGUCCGAAGAAUCCGAGAGAAAAAUCAAACAAGAGCAGGAAGGAAAAGAUGUCGACUUGCCGGACCGUACGAAAUCAAUCGAAGCAGAAGUAAAGAGUGAAGAAUAGACUUGAGGGAGAAAGAAAAUGCCAGAUCUCAGAUGCCAGAUCCGAAGGGAAAGAAGGACUUUGUUGGAUAAAUGAUCGUAGGUCGCUCAAGAGGGGAGGGCAUUCUGUGAAACUCGAACGAAUCCACGUUCGUAGACCAUCGACGGUGUUUGUCUGCAUCACCUGCUUACCCCAGUUGGAAAAGUCAAGAGAAAGACAAAAUCAAAUGCAAGUCUCGCGGUGUGGUGCAACAACGAGAGACAUGGGAUCACAACAAGUUGUAUCUUACUUACACACAGACAUCCACACAGACAUUAGUUAGACCAUAGACGAAUGAUCGUUGCACCCAGUCAAGAGGAUUCACCUUCUGAAGGCGGUUUUUCUCGAACAACAAACUUGACUGGCACUUGAGGAUGUCGUCUUCC